AUGUCUAACUUCGAAGCUACCAGGCUUUAUGAGCAAGUUAUUGAAGAAGUUAUCACUGAUUCGAGACAAGAUUUUGAAGAUAGUGGGAUAGAUGAAUCUACUUUACAGGAAUUGAGAAAGAUAUGGUGCCAGAAGUUGAGCCAGUCCUCAAUUGCUAAGUUCUCGUGGGAUGAAGAAGCCAGCCGAGAAGAGGAAGAAGCACUUAGACAACAACAACAGGAACAACAGCAGGAAGAACAGAUUCAUCAAGAUGAGCUUCACCAACAACAGCAGCUUCACCACGAGGUACCGGUGCCUGCCCCAGAUGGAGAUUUGCAUUCGAGUGGUCUUGAAUUACCAAACUCGGCUUUAUCUUAUAACACCACGACAUCCGUAGCGUCCAAUAACAGCGGAUUACAACUACCAGGAAUAAAGUCUGAAGAUGAUGUUGGAGAUGAUAAUGGCUUGAUGAUCCCUACAAUUGGGCAAGCUGACGGAACUAUUGAAUUUACUAUGUAUUCCAGCGAAGCUGCCAGGUUGAUGGAGAAGAUAAAGAGAAAGAACCAAAACAAUUUAAAGAAAUUGGCUCAGGCAGACGGUGCCGACGACUUUGAUGAUGACGAUAUAUAUAAUGACUCUGAUGACAUUAACUCUGACUUGGACGAUGAUGUUGAAAGUGAUAAGGAAGACGAUGAAGAUGGCCAAGACGAUGGGCAGAUUAUGCUUUGCUUGUACGACAAAGUGCAAAGAGUGAAAAACAAGUGGAAGUCCACCUUGAAGGAAGGUGUUGCUAAUAUUAACGGUAGGGAUUAUGUUUUCCAGAAAGCUAAUGGUGAAAGUGAAUGGUAG